ACUCGAUGCCAUCGCACCGAACACUUCAGCGUCUUAUACCCAAGUACUCCGUCCUUGAACAAAAAAUUAAAGCCAAUUCAAUCCUCGUCCACUUUUUAAAUUUGCUCGCGCAACUGCAUCAAGAAUGUUUUCAACGUCAUUUAAGAUUCUCGGAGCCAUGUGUAUAAUUUGAUACACAUGUCAGCUGCACUACAAUAAUGUCCUUUACGUCGGCUCGCCGCAAAUGACAUUAAUUCGCGCGAGAAAUUGUUGUAUAAAGUAUACUGAAUUACAGAGAGCGCUUUUGUAGCAUAAUUUUUUUCGACGAGUCGAGGGCUGUGGUGAUGUCUGGUUGAAUGAUUUUUAAGUAUAGGGUUUUUAAUUCGUUAUUUAAAGUUCUCUAUUGGGGACGUUUUGAGGUACUCGUAUAGAUAGCUUAUCUAGAGUAGGUAAUAAGUAUAUCGGGUCGACAGUUGUCAAGUGCAAUACAGAGCCUGAAUAGGUCAAUUUAUUUAAUUUUACCCUUGUAUACAACGUAUCACGCAGUCGCAACUCAAUUGAAUGUCCAAUUCGCUCACUACGCAAUAUUAUACUAAAGCUUCAUGCACUACUUUCGAAUCCAUUCGUACUGCAUAUAACACAACAUUUUCAAAAAUAAAAAAAUCCACAUCCGUUCCAGCCAACAGAUACAAGUUCAAGCACACUACACACUCCAACCGCAAUAAAAAUCAUCGCGUGCGCGAUCGAAGCCCAACCACAUCCUCUCCUCUCACUACCACAAGUGCAGCCUAUCCUAAGGACACGUCUCCUCCAUAUACAUAUAGCAUCGAACUCUUUCCGUCGCGUUCGUUCAACCCCCGUCUGUCUGUCUGCCUGACUCAUCCGGCGAAACGUCCUGCGCGCAAAUUAAUGAGUCAGGGUUGUUUUAAUGACUCGUCGCAUACACAGCACACGUGACACACACGCCUGUAUGGAAAUGAGCAGGACAAAGGUGAGGCGUAUACUUUUCUUUCGUGGGCCUUUUUUGAGACACGCUCGCACGUGUCUGGAUUACGGUAUGUAGGAAGAUCCGAGUUGGAGAUGGUUACUCUGAGAUAUAAGCAUGUAUAUAGGAAGAAUGAAAAAGACGCUUCGGAAUUCGAACGGGUUGGGCGUAUAGACGGGAGUUUAGUGGGUUAAGGGGAGAAUCCUUUGUUUCUUACGAACGUCUUUUUUUAGAAAGAGAGAUGACGGGUGUAGGUCUUGAAAGUGGAUGAUGUGCAGCUGAGAGGCUUUUUACGGCUGUGAGAUGAAGGGGAGCAUCAAGUGCUGGAUCAGAAGAAUCGACGAGUGAAGUUUGUGACCGUGAGGUUUCCAGUGGAUUUAGUAGCUUUUUUUUAAAUUUUAAAACGCUAGAGGAAAUAUCAAGGCAAAAGCAGGCGAGAUAUUCGAGCGUUAGAUUCGUUCGAACUUUCUCUAUUAAAUCUGCAUCUCGAUCGUGUAUAUCGGAUUGAUUCCGACAUCCGUUGGCAUUUCGCCGCCUACGCAUAUACUGCGCCUACAUUACUACUGCGAGCUUGAUAAAUAUAAAAACCGACGGAAGUUUUAUAGCUGAUCUUGUUAUAUUUUAUUGAACGUUCUUCAAGCCAAUUGAAUAAUUAGUGACAUUGUCAUUGUAAAAUUUUCUUAUUUACUUAACUAUACAGAGCAAUUCAAAACGCCGUUUGCACGCGAUGCCCGUAUUAGGUUAAGCUAUUUUAAGCUUCUUAAGUGAAAAAAAGAAAAACAUAAUCCUCUCGUGAGGAUGAGAUCAGCAGAGGAUUAUACCCGAAAAUAAUUUCAAACUCGUUGAGAGAACCGCUUUCAAGUAUACAUCUUUCUCGCUAUAGUUAUUCAUCUCUGACAAGAUUGUUAAGACACACUCAGAGAUAUAUAAAUAAAAUGAAUUUUCCAAAGUUCAAGCAAAAUGAUUAAUUUUGCUGAAUACAGAAUCUCAAGUGCGAAAAAUAUUAUUGUUCCUCCCCGAUAAAUCGAAGUAUACCGUGUGAGUCACGCCCGGUCUCUCUCUCUCUCUCUCUCUCUCUCUCUCUCUCUCUCUCUCUCUCUACCCCUCGAAUAUAAAUGAUCCAUGGUUUCGUUAAACUAGGGGAGCCGCGUGUAAUUCGCUCUCGUGCGGCCCUACUGUAUACCUAUAUACAGACAGCGUACAAGUGUAAACACAUGUGUUAGCCGCAAUAAUUUUUUCCAAUAAGUCGCGAAUGCCAAUAUGCUCAGAUACAAAAUCGAUCCUCGAACUUUUCUUAUGCCCGAACGUUACAUACGUAUAAAUUUCAUUAAACGCAUCUGCACAAGUGCAAUUACAAGCAGACAACGUAGUUUUGUCUAUACAAUACACGGGGUGCAUACAUUACACACAAGCUAGACUUCAGCGGCAAAAGCUCAGACAGACGCACAUCAGGGGGGGUCAGCGUAAAAUGGAUACUUCGUUAUCGGAACCCUUCAACCCUUUCACGUGGCAGGACAAUGGGAGGAGUAUAGUAGUGCGCCAGACGAGCGACGAACUGCCUCGUCGUCGUGUGCGAAUUAUAUAUCGGCUGGUCUGUUUUUGAACGCUUCGUUUGAUGAAUUAUAAAACUGACGGCUGACGCGCUUCGCAGCCGUCUGGCAGUUUUCGCUUCGCUGUUUACACACUCUGCUACAUACUACGCGUUUUCGAGAGAAGUGCGAAUCCGCCGUGUAUUUUUAGUUUUCGCAAAAAUCGAAAUAUUCAAAAAAAACCUCUGCUUUCAUUACCAAAAAAGAGAGUUUCCUCUCCGCUGCGCAUCGAAAGUGAAAACGCCGCGAGCAAACACAACCUUCCGAAAAACGCACCUCGGGCUAAUCAAACACUUAAAAAAAAUCCACCCCCACCCCCUCAUACGCUCCUCUCUCUCUCUCUCCACACCCUGCGCAUCAAAAACACUCGGCGCGUGCGCAGCUCUUCGCGUCGUCCUCGUAACCAGGCGCUCGACUGCACACUACUCGCACGCACGUCUCAGAGAUUCGCCGGGUGUGGUUUUCCCCGAUACGUUUCUCUCUAUCUAUCUCCGAAGCUUCGCCGUCGUCGUCGAUAUCGUUGUACACUUACACAUACACGUAAGAGUAGAGCAGAGGGUAGUAUACUAGUAUACUAGUGUAAAGCUCGUCGUUGCGGGAAUAUGAGAGGUGGUGGAUCGGAAGAGGCUCGGAGGAGCCGACAGCAUUGACGGAAUCCAGAGGCAGCUGCUGCUGCUCGUGGGACUGACUCCCGGUGAUACGGCCCGGCGUCGAUACGCACGACGGCGCAACUUGUCUCGGCUGUCUCAAUGUCCUGCUCGACGUUCGAGGAUCUCGCCGUUAAAUGCAUCCAAUCGGGGGAAGCAUCAGCCGCGCCGGAGAGUCGCUCCCGCUCAUCAAGCAGCAGCAGCAGCAGCAGCAGCAGGAUCAAGUCGAGGGCGAGCCGCAUCGAGCAGCAGCAGCAGCAGCGGCGACAGCAAAAGCAGCAGCAGCGAUGAAGAAGGAUCGUCCUUUUCCAGCGCUCCACUGAAGCAGCAGGAUUGCAGUGCAGACAAGAAGCAGCAGCAGAACAACCAGUCGGAGAAAGAAGGUGAUGAAGCCAUGCAGGUUCGCCUGGACUGGAAGCUAGCUUUGCUCUACACGCUGCUGGUCCUGCAGGUCCUCAUCGUCAUGAUCUACGUCUCCUCGACGCCUCACAUGGCCGACCUUAAUGCGCCCGCGCUGCGCGACACCGUCACUUUCGUUGAUCUUCCUGAGGCUCCUCAGGCCUACUACGAGAACAAGAGCAUGGAAUUGCGCAUAGUAACGGGCGAGACGACGCUGCGCGACGUCAAGACGUUCCGGCUCUUCCAGGCGUACAACCAGACGCUGUGCUGGCGCGGCGGUGUGAACGAUCGUCGUAUGCGUCGGGAUGCCGUGGAUCAGCAAUCCGCAUCGGACCGAUGCUCUUGCAACCAGGGCUGGCACGGCUCGGACUGCGGCCAACCCGAGGUUGUCUGGCGCGCUAUUAUGGCCUCCAAGCAAAACGUCAGACUGAAGAGGCGUAAGGUGGCCAGGCGCGUCAUACACACCUUCUACAUACACGAUCAUAACUCGGCCAUCGCCGAAGUCAUCGUCGAGGAGCUCUACCCGGUCGUCGAUCUCUUCGUCGUCUGUGACUUCAGCCUUGCCGAGGAUAACUUCCGACAUAAACUGGCAAAGGGCUUCCUAGCCGAGCAGCAGGACAAGAUCCUGUACGUCAAUGUGGCGUCGAAGGUGCGCAAGCCUGCGCGUGUGAUUUCCAAGUACGUCUGGGAACGCGUGAAGAAGGUCGUGAAGAACAUCCGGGACGACGACAUCUACGUGACAACGGACGCCGAGCAGAUCCUCAACGCGCGGGCCCUCAUGUUCCUAAAGUCGUACGACGGCUGGCCCCAGCCCAUCGGCUUCCGGCUGCGCUGGUCCGUCUUCGGCUUCUUCUGGCAGCACCCGCUCAAGACGACCAUCACCAUAGGCGCCUGCACCGUCGGCCUGAUGCGCGAAGCCCAUCGCUUCAACUCCCUCGUCCUCGAGAAAGAGCUGACCAACGAGGUCGACACCGAGCGCGAGAACCUCGGCCUCGUGAUCGGCGACCUGAACCACUACGGCGGCUGGUACUGCCAGUUCUGCCAGGGCCCGGCCAACAUAAUCGUCGCCCUGCGCGCCAAGAACAAGACCAGGGAGCUCGUGAUCGAGCACAACGUCGACGUGCCCUUCGUCGAGGACCUCAUCGGCACCGGCAUGUGGUUCGACGAGAAGACGAGCUUGCUCAGGGCCUACAAGUCCAGGGAGUCGUACUACGCUCCCGAGACCGUCAUGAACAAGACGUGGAAGUACGAUUGGCUCGUCGAGAACUUCUACGCCAAGCUUGAUUAUUACUGAUCGAUCCUCCAAGCGACGAAUUCAUAAUCUUAUACUGCCAGAGCGAGCACCUCUCGUGUUGUUGCAGGGCUCGGGACUGAUUAUAUCCGGAUGCGCACUCGUCUCUCAGACUCGCACAUACACUCACGACGCAGAAGACACUGCUGCAGCUGAUGGACAGUGAGAAUCACGACGCCCCCGACUGUGAUAUUAACUUGUACUCGAACGCUCAGUGUACACUGCAUAAUUAUGUAUAUUAUAUAUAUAUGAUAUAUCGAAUUUAUACACCAAAUUUGAUGAUUUGUUGAGCCCUUUACUCAGUCAAACUGUUAUAUUAUUUAUGCGUUUACUUGUAACAUAAUGAACAUAGGCUAACAUAGCUCAUAUACUUUGUCUCGUAUAUACAUUCUUUUUUUUUUACUUUUUUGUUGAGGGAAUAUUACAAAUGAUUUGGAUUGAUCAAGAGUAUUCCUUACGGAGAAGACUGUAAUAUUGUUUUGUAUUUGCAAGAGAUUUAAUUGAUUUAAUAAAAGUUAAAAACGAC